AUGUGCUCGCAAAACAGGAAAAAAGGGAUGGACGCUUAUCGUAGAGCCGCGAAAGGAUCCGCCCCGCGCGACCUCAGCUCCGUCCUCGCGCCCAAGAAGGCCGGUAAUCCGGUCGAUAAUCAGGAUGCAGACCUCCCCCCUCCAUACACCGAGCUUCCCGAGCUCUCCGUCCUCCCAUCGUACCUGAGUGCCUGUCCGCUCAAACCAUACCGACCGUUCCCCCACACCAUCCGCGCCCAUCACCGCCUCUCGCAGCUCAACUCCAUCACGCUCGGCGGGCCGGACAAGGACCGGCUCUACUACGUCGAAGUGCACAAGGGCUUCCAGCACGUCGAUCCGCUCGGCUACCGCGCGGGCGUGGUGCUGCGGAACGGGCCACGCAGCAAAGACGAGGUCCUGGCCGCCGCGGGCGAGGAGAUGCAGUCCGCGCUGAGGAUAUACGCCGUUCCUUUGGGUCCGGAUCCGAACAGCGUGUUUUUCCUGCCGCCCAUGGAAUUCGGCACCAACUCGAGAGCCAUGACCAUGGAGAGGAUGCGGCCCGGGGUGCUGCGUAAUAGGACGCGUGCGUUUACCUUCUUCGUCGAGGUUGAACCCCUGCGAAGCAUGAGGAGGCAAAAGUUUGAGUGGGUGCAGGACACGAACGGCGAGUGUGUCAAGAUGCCGGGCUUCAGGCUGGUGCGGGUCGUGGCAACGGAAGGCAAGGGGAGCUCCGAGUCUGACGCAUCUACUUCUGCUCCUCGUUCAGCCGACGAUGUCUACGGGGAGACCAUUGCCACCCUCACGUUUCCGCAUGCGUCCCUGGUGAGUCGGGAGGCGUUCACAUUGUGCAUGUUGGGGAGUGCCAAGGAUGGGCGGUUAGGAGAGAGGUGCGAGAUUGCUAUUGUCGUGACGGCACUGCGGAUUUGGAACUUUCAUGCAAAGGGGCAGCUGGACAAGCCGCAACUAUAA